AUGCAGUGCACACAGAUAUCCACAAAACAGACCGAUCAGGAAUGGCUUCGAGAACUGAUCAUCCGACAAAUCGAAGAUUUCUUGGAUCUCUCGCCUGAUGAGAAAGAAUUCAUGUCAUUGUGGAGUAUCUUUUUACUCAGUCUGAAUCAUAAGCCACUGGGCCGAUGCCAUACGUACCGCACAUGUAGACUUUUUUUGAAAAAGCAUCGGCGUAUUCUUCGGCAGCGACGCUUUCAAAAUGCCUGGACACUGCAUCUAAAUGUGCUGUAUGAAGCUGAUGCUUUGGAUGGGGACGAAGUCUACGAUUUGUUGGUACGCCUAAGGGAAGAAAAAUAUGAUCCGUGCUCUGACAAUCGCCAUGUUGUUCAUGUGUAA